UGGCGGAGCUGCGGCUGCUCUUGCUGCUGGGGGAGCCGCGCGGUGGCCGCCUUGCGCCUCCCCGGACUUUCCAAGUGGGGGCAGAGCAGCCGCUCACGGAGCCGCCAGUUAGAAGGCACAGGGAAAGAGGGACCUCCAAACUCCUCCUCAGCGGCUCCUCUCCACCCCCUUUUGGCCCCUGCCCUUGGAGAAAGUGGAGUGUGGCGCUCGGUUAUCAUUAUUUCUUCGAACUGCUUCGCGGUGCACGGAUUCAGCUGCUGCCCAGUGGGGCUUUCCGCUGUUUGCGCGUCUCUGUGUGUGGUUCCCCUCGGCACACCUCUGUCGACGAUGAGGAAAGGUCUGCGGGCGACAGCGGCCCGCUGCGGACUGGGGCUGGGAUACGUGCUGCAAAUGCUCGUGCUACCUGCCCUGGCCCUUCUCAGCGCCAGCGGCACCGGCUCGGCGGCUCAAGACGACGACUUUUUUCACGAACUCCCAGAAACCUUUCCAUCUGAUCCACCUGAGCCUCUGCCACAUUUCCUUAUUGAGCCUGAAGAAGCUUAUAUUGUGAAGAAUAAGCCUGUGAACCUGUAUUGUAAAGCCAGCCCUGCCACCCAGAUCUACUUCAAGUGCAAUAGCGAAUGGGUUCAUCAGAAGGACCACAUAGUAGAUGAGAGGGUAGACGAAACCUCUGGUCUCAUCGUCCGGGAAGUGAGCAUUGAGAUUUCGCGCCAGCAAGUGGAAGAACUCUUUGGGCCUGAAGAUUACUGGUGCCAGUGCGUGGCCUGGAGCUCAGCGGGCACCACGAAGAGCCGGAAGGCCUACGUGCGCAUCGCGUAUCUACGGAAGACAUUUGAGCAGGAACCUCUAGGAAAGGAAGUAUCCUUGGAACAGGAAGUCUUGCUCCAGUGUCGACCACCUGAAGGGAUCCCCGUGGCUGAGGUGGAAUGGUUGAAAAAUGAAGACAUAAUUGAUCCUGUUGAAGAUCGGAAUUUUUAUAUUACUAUCGAUCACAACCUCAUCAUCAAGCAGGCGCGCCUCUCAGAUACCGCAAACUACACUUGUGUCGCCAAAAACAUUGUUGCCAAGAGGAAAAGCACCACUGCAACUGUCAUCGUCUAUGUAAACGGUGGCUGGUCCACCUGGACAGAGUGGUCUGUGUGUAAUAGCCGCUGUGGACGAGGGUAUCAGAAACGCACGAGGACCUGCACCAACCCAGCACCACUCAAUGGGGGUGCCUUCUGUGAAGGGCAGAGUGUGCAGAAAAUAGCCUGUACCACGUUGUGCCCAGUGGAUGGCAGGUGGACCUCAUGGAGCAAGUGGUCUACUUGCGGGACCGAGUGCACACACUGGCGCAGGAGGGAGUGCACAGCGCCCGCCCCCAAGAACGGAGGCAAGGACUGCGACGGCCUUGUCUUGCAAUCCAAGAACUGCACGGAUGGGCUUUGCAUGCAGAGUUUCAUUUAUCCUAUUUCAACUGAACAGAGAACCCAGAAUGAAUAUGGAUUUUCUUCCGCUCCUGAUUCAGAUGACGUUGCUCUGUAUGUUGGCAUUGUGAUUGCAGUGAUCGUGUGCCUGGCCAUUUCUGUAGUCGUGGCCCUGUUUGUGUAUCAGAAGAAUCACCGUGACUUUGAGUCUGAUAUUAUUGACUCUUCGGCGCUCAAUGGAGGCUUUCAGCCUGUGAACAUCAAGGCAGCGAGACAAGAUCUCCUGGCAGUACCCCCAGACCUCACAUCAGCUGCAGCCAUGUACAGAGGCCCCGUCUAUGCCUUGCAUGAUGUCUCGGACAAGAUCCCAAUGACUAACUCUCCAAUUCUGGAUCCACUGCCCAACCUGAAAAUCAAAGUGUACAACACCUCAGGUGCUAUCACCCCCCAGGAUGACCUCUCUGAGUGUGCCUCAAAGCUGUCCCCUCAGAUGACCCAAUCCUUGUUGGAGAGUGAGGCCCUCAGCCUGAAGAAUCAGAGUCUAGCAAGGCAGACUGAUCCAUCCUGUACUGCCUUUGGGACCUUCAACUCCCUUGGGGGCCACCUUAUUGUUCCCAAUUCAGGGGUAAGCUUGCUGAUUCCCGCUGGGGCCAUUCCCCAAGGGAGAGUCUACGAAAUGUAUGUGACUGUACACAGGAAAGAAAAUAUGAGGCCACCCAUGGAAGACACCCAAACACUCUUGACCCCCGUAGUGAGCUGUGGGCCUCCGGGAGCCCUGCUGACCCGCCCCGUCAUCCUCACUAUGCAUCACUGCGCAGAUCCCACUUCCGAGGAUUGGAAGAUACAGCUCAAGCACCAGGCAGCACAGGGACAGUGGGAGGACGUGGUGGUGGUGGGAGAGGAAAACUUCACCACGCCCUGCUACAUUCAGCUGGACGCAGAGGCCUGCCACCUCCUCACCGAGAGCCUCGGCACCUACGCCCUGGUCGGCCAGUCCACCACCAAGGCGGCCGCGAAGCGCCUCAAGCUGGCCAUCUUCGGGCCACUCUGCUGCUCCUCUCUGGAGUACAGCGUCCGAGUCUACUGCCUGGAUGACACCCAGGACGCCCUGAAGGAAGUUUUGCAGCUUGAGAGGCAGAUGGGAGGCCAGCUCCUAGAAGAACCCAAGGCUCUUCAUUUUAAAGGCAGCACCCACAACCUGCGCCUGUCGAUUCACGAUAUCACCCAUUCCCUCUGGAAGAGCAAAUUGCUGGCUAAAUAUCAGGAAAUUCCUUUUUACCAUAUCUGGAGUGGGUCUCAAAGAAACCUCCACUGCACGUUCACUCUGGAAAGAUUUAGCCUGAACACAGUGGAGCUGGUUUGCAAACUCUGUGUGCGACAGGUGGAAGGAGAAGGGCAGAUCUUCCAGCUAAACUGCACCGUGUCAGAGGAACCUACUGGCAUCGACUUGCCUCUGCUGGAUCCAGCGAGCACUAUCACCACCAUGACGGGGCCCAGUGCUUUCAGCAUCCCUCCCCCCAUCCGGCAGAAGCUUUGUAGCAGCCUGGAUGCCCCACAGACGAGAGGUCAUGACUGGAGGAUGCUGGCCCAUAAGCUAAACCUUGACAGGUACUUGAAUUACUUUGCCACCAAAUCGAGCCCAACUGGUGUAAUCCUGGAUCUUUGGGAAGCACAGAACUUCCCAGAUGGAAACCUGAGCAUGCUGGCAGCUGUCUUGGAAGAAAUGGGAAGACAUGAAACGGUAGUGUCUUUAGCAGCAGAAGGGCAGUAUUGACCCAUGCUGGGAUUGAAAAUGAAGGACGAGAAUGCACAGGGAAUCUGUGUCCAUCCAGGGGUUCACAGCUGAGAACGAAAUGCAGACCAGACCAAUGCACUUCACAGGCAACUCAGCCUCGGGAGAGAGAAGAACAAUAGAUACAACUACCGAUACACACGCCCACUUCACUCGGACAGCGUCAUGGGAGUGAAGAACAAUUGUGUAAAUUUGUACCUUGAAUUUAGAAAUCCACCUAAUUUUCCUCUUAGUUGGGCUGUAUGCUGUGUGGUACAGGAUCUUACAGUUUCCUAGGAAACGCUUUUUAUUGCUAUCCAGAUAUGUGGAUAAACUUUCUUAACAAACCCAGUUUCUACAAAAGUUGUUUACAUCAAAUUGGACAGGGACACAGACACUGUCCACAGCUCGUUCUAUUUUUGUUUAAAUCGUUUGAAGUUGAAGCUGUGGACAGUUUGUUGUGUCUAUUUCAGAUUAGUAAUUUACAGAGAAAUCAUAGACUUUUGCUGCAAAUUGUGUGCAUCAAGUGUCUCAGAUAAUCCUCCCAUCGGUGUUCUGUUUCCAGAACUUGUAGAACCAGUGUUACUCUUUGUAUCAGGGAAGUGGAGAAUCUAAGUGUGAAGGAGAAAUAACUCAGACUCCUUAUUCCUGGCGGCCCACCUGGCGCCCUCUGGGAAUGGAGCUGCAGCAUUGCAGGGAAGACGUGAUCCAUGUCCAGCCACACAAACAAGCAUUUCUUCACAACAUCUGUGUUCGUAAUAUGCAAUUUGAAGUGGCUUUUUUAAAAAAGGUAUCAUUAUUAUCAUUAUUAUUAUCGAUGAGUAUGUACAAGUAUUCUAGUAAAAGGAUUUUCUUUUAACUCCUGUUUUGGUUAGCAGUACCGGUAGUCCUUAGGUAUUGACGAGACCUGCUCACCUUCUCACAGAACACGGUGGGUGUGGUCACCAGUUGAAUUCAACAGGCACUGCUUCCUUGACCUUUUGUCUUUCUCCCAUCAUUCUGCCCCAGAAAGGCAGUAAAUGCUUACUGGCUUUGUCAGUCUCUUCUUCCUGCUUGCUCAGGCAGGGUCUUUCUCCUCUGAGUCUUGUCAUGAGAAGUGUUCUCUACUAAAUUCACUUAACAUUGGGGUCACGUGACCCCACACUGACUCCUCUGUUGACCUUACAGGCAGUGUGCUUGGAGGAGGUCAGGAAACCAGUCUUCAUCUGGGUUUCUCAUGGCCUAGCUGUGCUACCUUGGGAAAGUCGCCUAACCUCACCAGACCUCGGUUUCCGCACAUGUAAAGUGAAGGGGUGGGAUUAGAUCAUUUCAAGGUUCUAAAAUGCUGGGCUUCCCCUAUGAGGCCUCCAGUCUCAUUCAUCAGUCUGAAGACCACAGUGGACUCUGACCUGGACCAUUUAAAGAGGCAGCAAGUCUUUUGCCCAGGCUACAUUAUGCCUUUCAAAUAGUUCCCACCUGGAAGAUAACUGUUCUAACCUGUAACGUAUUUGUUAUGCUUUCAAGUCAUGUCUUUGUGUCACCACAUUCUGCUGUUCACCGAGAGAUGGCAUCCCUUUAUUAUCUUUUUCUUUCCUCUCUUGGGACCACUUGCCUUUCUGACUAGUUACAAAUUAUGUUCUAGUAUUGUCGUGGUCACAAUUUUUUAAAUUAAAAAAAAUUUUAACUGAAAAAUAGUCAACAGACUACUUUGUGUAAACUAUGAUAUUUCCUUAGGACCAUCACAGGCUCUUGGUUUUAACAGGGACUCGGUUCAUUCCGCAGGUGGGGACUAGCGAGUCAACAGCCCAGUGGCCAAACCAAGAUCGAAAAAUAAGCACCCAUGUGUAUGUGUAUGAAUCAGAACCUCCAAAACGUGGCUGUGGUUUACUUUUGGGCUGGAGGUAUCCAGGUUGCUGACUGGAUUUGAAUUAGAAAUAAUUUUAGACAUUUUCUCUCUUCUUUCCACAUAUAUUUCCUCUCCUGACUAUUUUGGUGACUGACUUCUUGAUAUUCCCAGGCUCCUCCAUCCUCAUCUUUGAGGAACUAUUGAUACCUUGGUAUGGAGCCUUUUAUUUCUUAUCAUCUGUUUUAGUCAUAUAUUCUAUAAUCUGUCUCUCUCUGGUCACCCCCUCUACCAUAUGUAAAAAUAUGUUACCCUUACUGUGAAAGGGAGAGAUUGCCUUAACAAGUUCAGUGGAUAAUGUUUGUACUGAUGCAUAUUUGACCAAAAGAUAGUAAAAUUGUAUUCUACAUUAAAAUAAUUUUAAUAGCUGUUUUUCAAAAAGGAGGAGGAGGGAAGAGAACUCUUAUCCAGUGCUGCAUCUUGAAAUAACUUCUCAAGAUUGCUCAUCAUUAUUGUUUUGGGGGGCUGUCAUCUAUGGAAAUCAAGAAUUAGAAAUCUGAAGAAUGCUCAAAGAAACGUCCACGCCUAGUGAAAAGUAGAGAGGAGCAAAUAUGUAGCUAUCCAGAUAAAUCAAUUCCAAAACUUUUAUUACUAAAAAAAGUCAUCAAAAAGUUAUCGACACAGAAAUAUUGAACAAAGCAGGAACUGUAUUAUUGAAGCCAUUAUUGGGGGGCUUUGGGGUUCACUUCAGAUGCUUGUUUUUUGGUUCAACAUCCCAGGACCAAAAAAGGGAAGCGUGGUUGAUUCCUUAUAAGUAAGCAAGGUACUCAUCUGUCGUAGAACCCUGUCACGUCCCCUAGCAAGUGUACGGCAACUGCCAUACAUACAACACACCAUUUAUGUCAAAUAAUUUUCACUACAAAUUCUGAUUUCCUUCUCCUUUGUGGUAAAGUAAUAGCUGUUAGAUUGCUCUCAAACUCAGAAGGUCCAGACUCGAGAGUUCAUUUCACAGGGUGCUGCAGUCAUCCCAUUCUAUGUGCCAUGUCUUGCCCUUCACUCCUAGGGCUUCUAUGGAGCGUGUGAGGAAACACGGGCGUGCUUCAUUUGGAUGGGGAAAAAUAUCUAUCACUUGUGCAUGGUGCCACCUAGUGGUGCAUAACACAGUCUACCCUGAGUUUGAUAUAAAAACUCACUACAAGCGGUUUGACAAAGGGAAUGAAUGAAUACCUGUACAGUCAACAGGACCUUUAUGACAAAUAGACAUGGGGAAAUUUUCACUUCAAAUAUAGUUUUCUUAGUCUCACAUUUUUUUCACUUAAAUUCCCCAUAUCAAAAAUUACAUGUCAUGAUGAGCCUAGUACGUCAUCAACUCAUUCAUACUUGACAUAUCUCAAGUUGGUUUUUAGUAAUAGAAAUAGAAAUACACAAAAAUCUGUAUAAAAGAGUUUGUGAAGAGUUGUCAUUUUUAGCAUUUAUAUUUUUCAUUGGGCUUUAUCUGUUUUAAAUGUCCUUACUUUUAGUUGUCUACUAUUUAUUUUUGGAAAUGUAAGAAGCAUCUCCUUAGAAAGAAAUGUUUUAUAUAUGCAAAUGAGAAUACUAUGUCUAAGGGAGAGAAAAUUGGAUUCAGAAUUGAUAACUGGGCACAAGGUGAUACCAAACGUGUAACACCAAGGUGCUCCCAGCUCACAGCCUUUUCACAGACAGCGUGAAUACGCUCCUCAGUUACACAGAAAACUCUGCAUCCCCACGUGAGCAAUGUGAGGGCUUCCGAGGCUGGGCAAUAUUGUAGGUAAGGUGUCCGAUGUUAAACUGCAUAACCC